AUUAUCCAAUGCAUCCAGAAGAUCGGUAUUAUCCAUCCUAUUAUGCGGACCAUGCGACCUCUAGCUACCAGGCCAGUAGGGCACACAUUGACCCCUAUGCAACACUGACACCCAGUGAGCGAUUACGAUCUAAUACCCAGCCAGGCAGUUUUCAAGGUGGAUUCGAUGAGAUGGGUCCCUACAGACAGAGAGGUGAAGCUGGAGACAGACCUUCUGGGGAAGCAAACCACAAGACACACACAGCGUUCAGUAAUAACCAAGGACCGGCAGGCUAUGGGUUGGGAGUGGAACACAAGGGCUAUGCUGAUAACUCGUCGCACUCCAGUGACUCUUACAGCAAGUACAUGAACAGCCCACAGAACAAGCAUGAUGACACCAAACUUCGGGAAAAGUUUGGCAACUUACAAACGGCAGGAAGAGAAAAGAGUCCCGGAAAUGAUCCCUACAGGUUUACCCGAAGUACGGCUCACCCAGUCACCGGAAAUGUUGACAGGGCUAAAAUCUCAGAUCUGUCUGCUAAAUACAGGAAACAAGACAUUCAGCCAAAAUCUGGUGCAGGGAGACAAGCUGCACCACUGUCAAACCAGCAGUCUGUGGCCAAGAAGGAACUACCACCUCCCGUUCCAGUGAAAACGUUCAGUCUGAAACAAAGAGGAAUCGAACCUGAUGAGCUGAAAGUGAGAAACUAUGAGAAUUCUAACAGACCAUAUGAGUAUGUCUCCCUACGCCAGGCACAAAGUUCCACAACUUUUGGUGGAGGUGGUGGCAGUAACAGAACAGAUUAUCCACCUCAACCCCUUCAACCAUCUUUUCACCAUAAUCAGAACAGUCACAGAAGCAGUGCAUACAAUAACGCAUCAUCAUCAUCAUCAAAACCCUAUCAGCAAACACUUGAUCACCAGUCUAAAACACAGCAGUUUCAGCAAGAAGGUCGAGGACACAGCCUUGACUCGACCUUUCCACGUCCUGCACAUUACCCACCUGACAGUGCUGAUCCCGACUACCAGCACUCCAAAGCUUUUUCCAACGAGGUGUACAUGGACCAGCAGGACUUGCAGAGAGCUAGGCAGGCUAAAAUGCAGACUUCAUUGUCUGGUUACACAUCCAUGCCUGAACAGACUGAUGAUGAACAGCAGCUGGAGAUGCAGCGAGCCCGCCACAGAGCCAAAUCUGAGAGUCGUCUGGCAGAGACAUCUGGCGUACAACAGCACUGGAACAACACAAACAGCAGUAUUAGUCUCUUCAACGGUUACACAGACAACACCUCCAACCUUCAGAGGACUUCACGGGUGGCCAGUAGCACUAUCAUGCUGGCCGGGACCCACAGUCAGAGUGGUCGUAGCAGAGCCAACGCUAGCCGAUACAAGAGCUGGGACGCUUCAAGGACUGAUGCCAACUUUUCCCUGGCACACUCUCAUGUGCCAGCCAACUCUGCUGCCAGUUCAGGUAGUGCCUUCACAUCUUACAAGAAACCCAUCAAACAGGCCUCCUUCUCUGGGACAACCAACUCACCAAACACUUUCCAGCCGUCUUCUAGUUUCAAGAAAGGAAAGUUCAUUGUGAAGCCAAAGUCAUCAACAGAUAGGAGUCACAGUGUUGGCAAUGCAGAAAGCAUUGAUGAAAAACACACAAUAGUUGCAACUGCUAAAGGAAUUUUUACAUCGAAAGGUGGUCUUUUGGAGUCACCAGAAACUGGUGUUAGUAUUCUGGUCCCCGAGGGUGCCAUUGAAGAAAACCAAGAACAAGAAAUCUACUUCAAAGUGUGUAGGGACAACAGUCUGUUGCCUCCCUUAGAUACAGAGAAAGGAGAAACGUUGCUGAGUCCUCUUGUGAUGUGUGGACCCCACGGAACCAGGUUUCUGAAGCCCGUGGAGCUAAGGCUACCUCACUGUGCGUCAGCAAAUCCUGAGAGCUGGUCUUUUGCACUUAAGUCAAGUGAAUCACCAUCUGGUCAGACAACAGAGUGGCAGAACAUGACCCUGGCAGGGUCAGAAGGCGUGGCCAAAGGCAGGGUAGACCAAACUAGUGUAUCAAUAUUGGUUGAUCAUUUCUAG